AUGGAUCUCACCCCCGAGGAACUGGGAGAAUGGUACAUCAAGUUGCAGGAGGUUGGUAAUGUCCACAACAUCAACAUUGUCACUCCGGAACAUGUUGUGCCGCAAGUGGCGUUGAGUGUUCUUCAUGCCAAGCAAUUAGGGCUGAGGGUCCCGAUUGUGUACAACACCUCGAGCUUCGAUUCUCUUGCCUCGUUGGAGCUAAUGGAUGGGCUCGUCGACAUUUAUUUGGCCGACUUCAAGGUGUGGGAGACCAGUUCGUCCAAGCGGCUACUCAAGGCAGAUGAUUACGCUGCGACAGCAAAAGAAAGCAUCAGGGCUAUGCAAGCCCAAGUUGGUGAUCUGUGCUUUACCGGAGACGGCAUUGCUAAGAAAGGGCUGUUGAUACGACAUCUUGUCAUGCCGGGGAAGGAGGCUGAAGGCGUUGAGAUAAUGAAGUGGUUAGCGUCCGAAGUGUCCAAGGAUUGCUUCAUCAAUAUCAUGGAGCAGUACCGCCCCGACGCCCACGUGGGCAAGAAGAGGCGCAAGUCAAGCGACCGAGACAAAGGAGAGAUACGCUAUAGUGACAUAAAUCGCCCCGUGACAGGCGAAGAGGUCUCUGUGGUCCGACAAGCCGCAAAUAAGUCUGGACUUUGGAGAUUCAAUGAACCGCCCAAACAUGAUGGGUUCGCUAUUUAG